GCGAUAGCAUUUUAAAUGAUCGGCGACGGGACGGACGAGUGUCGUUGCACGUCGAAGACGGGAGCUCGGCAAGAUUUGCGCGUACAAAGGGGAGAGAAGAGAGGGCCGAUGUUGUAACGUAAGGGGCCAAGAUGGAAGAGCGUAGCGUCCACGGCAGUAUCGGCGAUAUAAAUAGUGCGGAGACGACCAAAACCUUAAUAAUACCACGCAAGAAGAGGAUAUGCUUAGUUGGUGCAACCUGUAAUGAUCCUGCGCUUAAUGUUGCUGCUCAGCAAUUCAAAGUGCCAAUAUUUAAAUCUGAAACUGGCACAGAAUAUAUUGAAGACACUACCUACAAUACCUAUUUUAUACUCAAACAAUUUGAAGGAUCCGAAUAUGAUGCUUUAUGCAAGAGUGCUCAUAGAGUACUGGGACCUACGGCUUUGCUACAAUUGGCAGAGAAAAAAGAACCAUUACCCAGUAUUAAAAGACCAAUGUACACACAAGCUAUGGUAGGCACAAUAGUGGUAUUUAGCGGAUUUCGGGCUAGAGAGGAUGAACUGCGCAAGUUAGCUAAUAUGAUUCUUAAUAUGGGAGGCAGCAUCCGAAAAGAGAUGGGUAUUAAAGUGACGCAUCUUAUUGCAAAUCAUUGCAGUGGAGAAAAGUACAGAUACGCUGACACAUUUGGAUUGCCUAUCAUGUCGAUAGAAUGGGUGAUAGCAUUGUGGACUGCCAAAGACGAUAUCUCCACGUAUGCGAACAAUGAGGAAUUGAUAGCAACUUACAAGCUAAAGCCAUUUUAUGGGGCAAAAGUAUGUUUUUCUGGUUUUCCUGAAGAAGAGAAGAAACAUAUGUGUGAGGUUCUGGAACAACAGGGCGGCGAACCCACUGAGAUCGAUGAUCCGAGUUGCACUCAUGUCGUCGUUGAUGAGUCCAAUGUAAAUGUACUACCAAAUUUAGUGUCAGUAUCUGCAUUUAUAGUCAAAACCGGAUGGUUUUGGACAUCUGUACAGAAUGAGGCAGCCGCUGAUGAGAAAGAAUAUCUAUUUGAACAUUAUCUAGAAAAAGUUCUGUCUCCUACUGUGACGGGUAGACGAGACAGUCAACAGAUUGUAUCACAGAAUGUAACAUUGUCAAAGCACCCCUGUUGGUUAGGUGGUCCAUUAUCUAAUUUGUUACAAAAUGGAGCAGAUUCACCAGCCAGUGUCAGUGGAAGCUUUUUGGAUUGUACAGCGAGUCCAGAUAAACAAUUGUUAGACGAGGUAGAAUCUGUUGCUACAGAACAUUUACCGAUAGUUAAAGAAAAUUUGUCGCAACGUCAUAAAGUCUUUCUUGAAUUAGUAGAGACUGAGGCCAAUUAUGUAGGUAUCCUUAAUACAAUUAUGACGCUAUUCAAAUUGCCAUUGGAAAAUCUCAUAGGUAAAAGUGGGAAAGAGUUGCUAAACAGCACAGAAGUAAAAAUUAUAUUUGGUAAUUUUCCACCUAUUUAUGACGUUCAUAAACAGUUGUUGGAGGCAUUGCAUUGUAGUGCCGCUCAUUGGACAGAGGACAUCAGUAUUGGCGAAAUAUUUCUAAAGUUUGAACCAGAUUUGGUUAAAGCGUAUCCUCCAUAUGUAAAUUUCUUUGAAAAUACAAAACAGAUGUUGGAAGAGUGCGAUCAAAACAAACCACGAUUUCAUGCCUUUUUAAAAAAUUGCCAGACAAUACCGGAAUGCGGUAGACAAAGCUUAAAGGAGCUGUUAAUUAAACCAAUACAAAGGUUACCCAGUAUUAGUUUAUUAUUAAGCGAUAUUCUUAAGCAUACGGACAAAAGUAAUCCAGACUAUAGCGCAUUAGAAGCUUCUAUUAGCUGUAUUAAAAAAGUGAUGACGUAUAUAAAUGAGGACAAAAGGAAAACGGAGCGCCAGUUAGCAAUGUUCGAUAUCUUUAAUGAGAUUGAUAAUUGUCCACCGCAUUUAGUUUCCUCGCAUAGGUCAUUUAUCAGUAAAUGUGAUGUAAUGGAAGUUACGGAAGGUCUUAGCGGACGAGGUGAUCAUUUAGUGUUAUUCCUGUUUACCGAUACUCUCGAAAUAUGCAAGAAAAGAUCAAAAGCUUUCAACUCGUUAAAGAGUCCUAAUACUAUAAAUGGCUUACAAUCAAUUAAACUAAGCCAAGGAAAACCGUAUAAGCAUAUCAAAAUGUUGUCGCUAAGUACUAUAAGAAAAGUCGUGGAUAUACGAGAAACUGACGAAUGUCACAAAGUGUUCGCACUCGUGGUACGAGGGACUCAAGAACUGAAGGAAAAAUUCUUUUCGUUUAUAAUUACUGAUGAAGAAGUAAACAAAACGAAUUACCUACAGACUUUGUGCAGACAGAUGGCUCUUGCUGUGCGUGUAGCUGAUGCUGAUACGUUACUCAUUAGAUACGAUUCGCAUCAGCUUGAAGUUGGUACUAGCGAUGUGGCAUCAGGAACAUUAAAGAAAACAAUUAAGUUUGCAUCUCGUACAAGAGCCAGAGUCGGUCGAGCGUUUAGUUUCAAUAAAACGCCAAGCAAACUAAAUAGAGCUAUGUCUACAAUUAUGUCUCCGUUUGGAGUAACUCAAAAUCUUCCUCCAUCAAAUCAACAAAUAGCUCAGAUGCGGCUAGGUAGUUGCAACAAUAUCAGCGUUAGUUGA